GGGAGAGAACGAGAGUGAUAGAAGGAAGAGAGGAAAGAGGGAAACGAGGGGAAGAUACGAUAUUUGGAGGCGCGUUAGGAUUCUUGGAUGCUUGUUUUGCUCCUUGAAGCCUGUGGACUUGUGAAAUGUGACUAUCAGAAAGAGGACCACAGUGUAUCGGGUGGAGCUGACUGGAACAUUUAAAUGCUCUAAUGCUGAGGACAAAAUAUCUGGUCUCCAUGUGAAGCUCUCCCAUGAUGCAACAUGUGCCUCCAGCACCAGCACUGACAAUGAUGGCCACACAGAGUGUCCCUCCACCGUCCUAUCAAGAGAGCCAACAGAUGACGGGCACCACGCAGCAGAACUCGAAGGCCCAGCAGGUCCACAUCUCAGCAUCAUCCACAGCCGGGGCCACUCCGGUCAGUGUGACCCUUGACCCACAGGCCCAGCUGGAGUCAGACAAACGGGCCGUUUACAGGCACCCCCUGUUCCCUCUGCUGGCUCUGCUGUUCGAGAAGUGUGAGCAGGCCACGCAGGGCUCCGAGUGCAUCACCUCGGCCAGCUUUGACGUGGACAUCGAAAACUUUGUGCACCAGCAGGAGCAGGACCACAAGCCUUUCUUCAGCGAGGACCCUGAACUGGACAACCUGAUGGUGAAGGCGAUUCAGGUGUUGCGGAUCCACCUGCUGGAGCUGGAGAAGGUGAAUGAGCUCUGUAAAGACUUCUGCAACCGCUACAUUACCUGUCUGAAGACGAAGAUGCACAGUGACAAUCUGCUACGCAAUGACCUGGGUGGGCCGUAUUCGCCAACACACACAAACUUACCGCAGGAUCUCCUGCAGAACUCCUCUCCCUCACUCGCUAACGUGUCCAGCUCGGUUAAUCCCUCAGGCAUCGUGGUCCCUGCCGGCUCUCUGCCUCAGAGCAACGUCACCAUGACUACCAUUAACUCACAGGUGGUGUCAGGUGGGACCCUGUAUCAGCCGGUUGCUAUGGUGACCUCUCAGGGGCAGGUGUUAACCCAGACUCUACCACAGGGGACCAUCCAGAUCCAGAACACACAGGUGAAUCUGGAUCUCUCCUCCCUCUUGGACAGCGAUGACAAGAAGUCGAAGAACAAGCGAGGCGUUCUCCCCAAACAUGCCACCAACAUCAUGCGCUCCUGGCUCUUCCAGCACCUCAUGCACCCGUACCCCACAGAAGAUGAGAAAAGACAGAUCGCUGCACAAACUAACCUCACCUUAUUGCAAGUGAACAACUGGUUUAUCAAUGCCCGCAGGCGUAUUCUGCAGCCCAUGCUCGACGCCAGUAACCCUGACCCUGCCCCAAAAGCCAAGAAGAUGAAGUCGCAGCACAGACCCACGCAGCGCUUCUGGCCAGACUCCAUCGUGGCUGGAGUGCUGCAGACGCACGGCCCGCACUCCGCCAACAACUCAGACAGCUCUUUGGGCAUGGACAGCCUGCAGCCGCUCUCCUCCGACUCGGCCACCCUGGCCAUGCAGCAGGCCAUGCUGGCCGGGGCCGACGACUCCAUGGACGGCACGGAAGACGAUGAGGAAGAAGAGGAAGAGGAGGAAGAAGGGAUGGAGGAGGAGGAAGAGGAAGACGAGGAGGAAGAAAGCGAGGGAGGGAGGCAGCUGUCUGGCAGAAGAGAUAUGCGCCUCGAUCACAGCGAGGCGCUGGAGUAACACACAGGAAAUGACAUCAGUGCCCUGACACACAGUCAUGGCACAUUAUUUAAACGAUGCCCCCAGAGGUUUCCACUGGACACUCAAGUGCUUUGGAAUAUCCAGUUGGACAGGGAGGUUCCCAUAAAAAGAAAUGGGCUGUGAAUUCCACACUGUAAACAUGAUUUGGUGUUAAAAUGGUAACACUUUACUGGAGGGCAGCAUUUAUAAGGCUACAUGACACCUACAUAAGCCUUUCAUGACAACUGACAUACACCUACAUAAACUCUGAUAAAGGCUUUUUCUAGCAGGCAUCAGUCAGAAGCUACUUUUGUCCAUUUUGUACAUCUUUUCACCUCAGAAACUGAUGCGUGUUGGAAUAAGCCUUUAUAAAGGUUAAUGUACUGUUGUGUGCUAAUGUUUGAACACAGCUGGUCAUCAUGUUUUGCUGACUUUCUAGAUAACGCAUCAUUUACAGGGAAGAAGCAAAAAAUGGCAUUUUCCUGCCAAUUGUAGUGUAUAAAUUCUAAAAAAAACGUCUAAGUUCAACAUAUUGGAGAAAAAGUAAAUAUAAAAUAU